CAAAAUGCCUGAAAUCGUGGACGACAAGUCGCAGCACUGUAUCCCCUUCCUACUAGAUCGCCUGCGCGUUCAUACCGAGCGGCACCGCGGCAACCCAAGUACCCCGCCGUUUUUCAUCGGCCUCAAUGGCGUGCAGGGUGCGGGCAAGACAGUCCUGGUAUCCGCUCUCAAUGAUACCCUCCGCUCGGAACCAUACUCGCUCUCGGUCGUGACGUUGUCGCUCGACGAUAUCUACCUUGACCACGCCAAUCAGGUGGCUCUGGCACAAGCGCAUCCAUCAAACCCCCUCCUGCAGCAUCGUGGUCAGCCUUCAACUCACGACCUCGCAUUGGGUGAGGAAGUGUUUGCUUCGCUCGCUGCUGAACGUCCGACAGCCAUUCCACAGUAUGACAAGUCUGCGUUCGAGGGCCAGGGUGACCGUGUGCCAAAGACACAUUGGAACGUCGUCAAUGAAGCGGGUCAGGAGAAAGUGAAGGUCGUGAUUUUCGAAGGGUGGUGUGUCGGAUUUCGUGCGUGGGAUGAGCAAACCCUGCGUGCGAAAUGGGAGGCCGCUGUGCAUCAAAAGGAGAACGGCAAAUAUGAUGGACGACUAGGCCACGUCAAGUUUGAGGAUGUCAAAGCUGUAAACGACGCUUUGAAGCGAUAUGAUGUCUUGACUGAGUGGGUUUCCUCGGCCAUUGGAGACUGCGCAACUAGAAGCUUUGCUAACAUAGGUUUCCUUUCCCUUCGCAGCAAGCUUGAUGCUUUGAUCCAUAUCGAUGCCGAAAACCCUCGUUUCGUCUACGAAUGGCGCCAGGAACAGGAACGCACGCUCCGUGCUGCCAAAGGCGCUGGAAUGACCGAAGAACAGGUCAACCACUUUGUGGACGGAUAUUACCCAUCCUACGAGCUCUUCACUGAAACCCUCCGCGAAGGCGCUUUCAAGCCUACGCCACAUAACCCAUCAGUAUCGAACCCAGACUGGCAAGGACGGCAACUCCGCCUUGUGGUUAAUCGUGAUAGGAGAGUUCAAAAGGUCAUUAGAAUAUAA